CUCCUCCUCCUUCUAUGGACUUGGUGCAGUCAAGGCCUACUCGAAGGUGGAGCUUGGAGCCAGGGCUGGACAAGGGAAAGGAGGAGGCAGAGAGAGAGAGACCAUCAUGGCGUACGCAGGGCACCCGGGAGCCGGCGGGGGCUACUACCAGGGAGGGUAUGGAAGUGCUCCAGGAGGGCCAGCUUUUCCUGGACAGGCCCAAGAUCCUUUAUAUGGCUAUUUUGCUGCAGUGGCUGGGCAGGAUGGGCAAAUAGAUGCUGAUGAGCUUCAGAGGUGUCUGACCCAAUCAGGAAUUGCUGGUGCCUAUAAACCUUUCAACCUAGAGACAUGUAGGCUCAUGAUCUCCAUGCUUGAUAGAGAUAUGUCUGGCAUGCUGGGUUUCAAUGAAUUUAAAGAGCUCUGGGCAGUGCUGAAUGGUUGGAGGCAACAUUUCAUGACUGUGGACACUGAUAGAAGUGGUGCAGUCGAUUCACAGGAGUUGCAGAAGGCCUUGACAGGCAUGGGAUACAGGUUGAGUCCCCAGGCAGUCAAUGGAAUUGUGAAACGAUACAGCUCUCGUGGAAAGAUCUCGUUUGAUGACUACAUUGCCUGCUGUGUUAAACUCAGAGCUCUCACUGAUAGUUUUCGAAGAAGGAUCGCCCACAGGGAUGGUAAACUUCCAGUAGAUGAUUUGGAGAACCCAAGGGAACAUAAAGGCCAGUGGCACUUGCAGUUUCUUCUUCCCAAUAUUCAAAUGUCCCAAAGUAUUGUGGAUAUGAAAAACAAUAGUGUCCUUAAAGAAAUGGGUUCCCCGGAAGAAGAGUCUCAUUCAUAUAUGAUGGGACUGCAGCCUUUCAAGGAAUUCUGA